GUGAAUGACGUGGACAUCUUUGAGAUCAACGAGGCCUUUGCCAGCCAGGCCCUGUACUGCGUGGAGAAGCUGGGCAUCCCCCCUGAGAAGGUGAACCCCUUGGGGGGCGCCGUGGCCCUGGGCCACCCUCUGGGCUGCACUGGUACGCGCCAGGUGGUCACGCUGCUGAAUGAGCUGAAGCGCCGUGGAAAGAGGGCCUACGGCGUGGUGUCCAUGUGCAUUGGGACCGGCAUGGGGGCCGCUGCUGUCUUCGAACAACCUGGAAACUGAGGCCCUGCUGGUGUUCCUGAACUCCCUGUCCUCCGUGGACUACGGGACUGCAGACGUGAUCCCCGAGCCCGAGCCCUGCCUCGCCAGGCGGGGUGUGGGGACAUCGAGGCUCUUUAUC